AUGCAGAUAAUGUGCCAUUUGGAAACAGCCGUGACUGGUGAACACUUGCUUCGCCAGGUUUUAUCUGCUGAAAAGGAACAAGUUCACGUUGUAGAGGGAAGCCGUGUUGAUGAGUUAUAUGAUACAUUGGUUACACGUCUUCUGCCUUCAGUGUCAGUGUCAUCAAAUCCUAAUCACAAGCUUUUAGUUGGGCUGGCUGGUCCUCCUGGUGCUGGAAAAAGCACUCUAGCACAUGAAGUAGCCAGACGUAUAAACAAACUUUGGCCAGAGAAAGCUUCUUCCUUUGACUCUCUGGUUGAACCUCCAGAUGUUGCUAUUGUGGUUCCCAUGGAUGGUUUUCAUCUUUAUCGUUUUGAACUAGACGCAAUGGAGAAUCUCGAGGAAGCACAUGCCAGAAGGGGAGCUCCCUGGACAUUCAAUCCAUUGGGACUACUUACAUAUCUCAAGAAUCUGAGAAGUCAUGGAUCAGUUUAUGUACCAUCAUUUGACCAUGGUGUUGGGGACCCAGUUAAGAUGUGGUCCACUCAUCAGCUCAAGGUUGUUAUUGUAGAAGGUAACUAUUUGCUCUUGGAAGAUGGGCAAUGGAAGGAGAUAUCUUCUUUGUUUGACGAGAAAUGGUAUAUUGAUAUUGACAUUGACGAAGCAAUGCAGCGAGUUUUAAAGAGGCAUAUUUCAACUGGCAAGCCUCCAGACAUUGCUAAACAGCGGAUGGAGAACAACGACAGUCUUAAUGCAGAACUUAUAAUGAAGUCCAAGAAAAAUGCUGAUAUAAUAAUCGAGUCAGUUGAUUUCUGAGGAAUCUGUUUGUGCCAAGUCAAGCCCAAGGAGAGUAUUAUAACCUGAGAAGGAUGUCUCACUGUCUGUCUGUAAUAAAUGAUUUUUCCUUGUGAUUUUUCAGAGUACAACAGAUUCUUAGUGCAUUUUUUAUUUUCCUCUGCCAUAAAUUUAAUUUGUUAACAGCUCAAAUCCUAAAAUUAUCCAAGGCCACAGCUUUAGUGUAAGUGCAGAUACUUUGACAAGUACAUACAA